CGUCCACUCUAUAUUUCCUCUCCGUGGACGACACUCUCCGCUUCCUCCUCCGCCCCCGUUUUCGUUUUUUCAAACCCUCGAGCGUGGGGCGCGCCCAUGGCCAUGGCCGCGGCCUCGUCCUCUCUCCGAUCCCUCCGCGCCCUCUCCAUCUCCCGAGCUCUCUCUCCUCUCCCCCUCCUUCGAGGGUUCGCUUUGCGCCUCCUCCACCAAGGUGUUUUAGAAGAAGGGAGAAGAGGAGGUCCCGGUUCCGUCCACCCCACCGCAGUUGUUCAUGCCGAUGCAAUGAUUGGGCAGGGUGUUAUGAUAGGUCCCUUUUGUACAAUUGGGUCUUCUGUCCGGAUAGGCAAUGCUUGUCAGUUGCAUGCAGGGAGCCAUAUCAUGGGGGAUACUGAAUUAGGGGAUCAUUGUAUUGUUCUCACUGGUGCUAUUGUUGGUGCAGACCUACCUGGUCAGACAAUUAUUGGAAGCAAUAACGUUAUUGGACACCAUUCUGUGGUUGGAGUGAGAUGCCAAGAUUUGAAAUAUGAGGCAGGUGAUAAGUGCUUUCUACAUAUUGGUCACAACAAUGAUAUUCGAGAGUAUAGCUCCAUUCAUCGAUCUUCUACAUCAAGUGACAAGACGGUUGUUGGUGACAACAACCUUAUUAUGGGGUCUUGUCAUAUUGCCCAUGACUGCAAAAUUGGCAACAACAAUAUUUUCGCAAACAACACACUGUUAGCUGGACAUGUUGUAGUUGAAGACUACGCUCAUACUGGAGGGGCUGUUGUUGUUCAUCAAUUUUGUCGGAUUGGAUCGUACUCUUUUCUUAGUGGUGGUUCUGCAAUUUCACAAGAUGUACCAAAGUACAUGAUGGUAUCAGGUGAUAGAGCUGAGCUACGUGGUUUGAAUCUCGUGGGCCUUCAACGUAAUGGUUUCUCUAGUGUUGAGGUUAUGAAAAUGAGGAGAGCUUAUCGAAAGAUUUUUAUGCCCAUUAAUACAAACAUGGGUCAAUUUGAUGACCGACUUGCUGAAGUGCUUGGCAGGAACAGGACAAAGAAUUAGCUGAAUGUCCUGCUGUAUUAUCUAUGUUGCAAUCUAUCCGUGGCUCAUUUGAACAAGAUCGUCGUGGAAUUUGCAAGUUCAGAAAUUGGUGUGGCUCAUAAGAUCUACCUGUGAGUUCCUUGUGUGACAUCAGUGGGAAUUAUUCAUUUUAUUUCUAAGGGAAGCAACAUACCUAUUUGCAACUGUUGCAGUACUGUGGAGAUAUUUGUAACUGUUGCAGUACUGUGGAGAAAAAUCCUGAGCUGAUGUAUCAUGCACAAAUUGAACCUUACCUUUUCGUAUUCUUAUCAUUUGUUUAUUGAUAUCCAACACAUUAAUUGCUUGUCAGCUAAAUCUGCCAGUCCUCUUGAAAGCAUUUCAUA